AUGAUACCUCCUCGCAGGCUCCAGCGCCUGGUGCAGGUCGCUGCCUCACCCCAAUGCUACAAAGCCUAUCUCCCCUGCCGUCAAUACAGCUCCAAUGCCCUUGACUUCGAAACCCUCCGCACCUCGAUGCUCUCCCGCCCCGAAAAGCUAACCUACGACAUCCUAUCUCCGACGCCCACACACCUCCUCAACAUCUCGCUGUCCGACUUCCUUCCACCAUCUUGCCACCCACCCAUAUUCAACCCCUCUUCCGCAUUAAGCUCCGGCCUGUCUCCCUCCAAAGCCACCCCGCCACAACCCCUCCCCGAAGCCCACCACCUCGUCUACUUCCCGCCCCAACUCCCGGCCUCGGGCCUGACACCCGACGGCACGGACCCGUUCCAUAGCCCCGGGGCGCCGUUCGAUCGGCGGAUGUGGGCGAGCGGGUCGAUAUCGUUCAACAAGCCACUUCUGGUCAAUCGGCAGCAGGUGGUGUGCAGGGAGAGCUUGGGCGAUGUGACGGUUAAGGGACGACCGGGGGAAGAGAAGAUCUUUGUUGAUGUGUGGAGGCGGUAUGGGGAGGACGACGGCUUUGUUGCGGGCGAGGAGGCGAUUACAGAGCGGAGGAGUUUGGUGUUCUUGAGGCGCCGAAGCGCGGAGGAGGCGAGAGAGGUUGCGAGGGAGGGAGUUAGGGAUGGGAGGGUGGUCAAAGCCCCCCACAAACCAACCUUCAACCACACCCUCCUCCCGACCUCAACCCUCCUCUUCCACUACAGCGCCCUAACCUUCAACGCGCACCAAAUCCAUUUGAAUCCGACGUACUGCCGCGAAGUCGAAGGCCAUCGGAAUCUGCUCUUCCACGGGCCUUUAUCCCUGACCUUUAUGGUCUCCGUCCUGCGGUCGCAGCUCGGCAAGGAUGAAAGGGUUAAGAAGAUCGAUUAUCGCAACCUGGCCCCACUGUACGCGGAGGAGCCAUUGACGGUGUGUGUCCGACAGAAUGGGAAUGGUGAGGACAUGGCGGAUGGACAUAAGAAGUGGGAUGUUUGGGUGGAGGAUAGUAGGGGGGGGUUGUGUGUUAAGGGGAGUGCGGUGAGUAACUCUGCGUAA